UCAUUUAAUUAUUACCGUCAGUCAACUCAUAGAUUCAAAAUUUCUUGUCCUCGUCUAAAUUAAUUCUACAAAAGACAAAUUUUCAAAGAAACACUUUUCAUCCCAACCCAAACAUCCGUUGCUCAGCUGCGCUAAAAUUUCAUCGAACAAAUUACACACAUGGCUGAGAAUUUGUACACAAGUGUUCAAGAGCUGGUUGAAAAUGGCGAUGAGCUGCCCGCCGAGCGGUAUAUCUGGCGAGACAGUCAUAGCAGUGAUUUAUAUGAUGGGCCCCUCGAUCCCAAUCCCCCCUUAACCGCCCAAAUCCCAGUUAUUGAUGUUUCCCAGUUGUGUUCCUCGUCAUCCGCCAUGGAUGCUCAGCUUCGAUCUGCUCUCGCGUCUUGGGGUUGCUUCCAGGCAGUUAAUCAUGGCAUGGAUAACUCUUUUCUGGAUGAAGUUCGCAAAAUUUCCAGGGAAUUUUUUCACCUGCCAAAGGAAGAGAAGCAAAAAUAUGCAAGGGCAGGGGAUGAUUAUGAAGGCUAUGGUAAUGAUUUGGUCCUUUUCAAGAACCAACCUCUUGAUUGGACUGAUAGGUUGUAUCUAUUAGUAAGUCCUGAAGACCGGCGGAAACUCCAAUAUUGGCCUGAAAAUCCAGGAUCUUUCAGGUCAAUAUUGAGCAAGUAUAUAGCAAAUAUGAAACAGCUUCAAGAAAAACUCCUUAAGUCAGCUGCAAGGUCACUAGGCUUAUCAGAGGAUGCCUUUGUGAAUGUAUUCGGCGAAAGAGGGACAAUGUACACAAGAUUCAACUACUAUCCUCCAUGUUCGAGGCCCGAUCUCAUUCUCGGGCUCAAGCCGCAUGCUGAUGGGUCAGGCAUAACAAUACUCCUUCAGGACAAAGAAGUAAAAGGCCUUCAGCUUCUAAGAGACGAUAAGUGGUUUUGGGUUCCUAUAAUGCCGUAUGCAUUAGUCGUCAAUGUAGGGGAUCAGCUCGAGAUAAUAAGCAACGGGAUAUUUAAAAGCCCUGUACACAGAGCAGUUACGAACUCGGACAGCGAGAGGAAUACAUUGGCUGUGUUCUGCUCUCCGGAUCCUGAUAAAGAUAUCCAGCCAUUUGAGGAGCUUGUCGAUGAACAAAAUCCGAGUCUGUUCAAGAAAGUAAGAGACUACCCCAGCACUUAUUUUCACUACUAUCAGCAGGGGAAAAGGCCGUUAAAUGCUGUUAGAAUCUAGUACUUUUUUCCAGUUUGCAUGUUCUGAUGAACCGAAGACUUGCUUGUGGUGUAAUAAGGGUGAGGUUACCAGCAGCUGACCCUUUCAAAGACUGAAAUUGGCCAAAUGACCUUUUUAAUUUUUAAUUUUUAAUUAAAUGAGAAUAAUUUACUAAAGUUACCUAUCAAAUGACCUUUUUUAUUUUAAUUUUUUUAAUGACCUUUUUAUUAUUAACUAAAGUUUAACAAGUACUUGAGAUUUUUGUAUCCUCUACAAUUUUUGUACUUUUUUCCUCUUCCGGACGUGAAUAGCAUGAUUCAUGCCUCUUCUUCUUCAUUAUUUUUUUCUUAAGAUUGAUUAUAUAAUAUUUUACUGUCCUUGACAUCCGAAAAAUGAGAGUCAAAAGUCCUGCUUUUGGAAGACAAAGAUGACUAAAGAUCAACAAAGAAACAAAUUUGCAAUAAGUUGUUAAAAUGGUAAAGAUAUGCGAUUGAAUAAAUAAAUUUUUAGAUUUUUUUAAUAUCUGAACCUUAUAACUUUUUCUAAGGAAUCUGGCAUUCUUAUGGUGUUUGUGCGAUCAUUUUUUGUAGAUACUUUGUAUUGUGAAUGGUUUUUAUGUGAUGUAAAUUAUGAUGUAUUCAAUGUUAAACGAUAACGAUUCUUUAGUCGCUAUUUUUUUAUGCAUAACGAUAGUACUUACG